AUGGACGGUACAAACGAUAUCGCCGAAAUCUUCCAACUCGUCGAUAGUGAUGGCAGUGGUUAUCUCAACAAAGAAAAACUCCAUAGUAUAUGUCCUCAUCUAUCAUCGGCGGAGAUCGACGUUAUCUUCAAUGAUCUCGAUACCGAUCAUGAUAAUCGCAUCAGUUUCGCUGAAUUUACAAGUGGUUUCAAAGAUCUUAUCAAAUCGAAUGAUAACCAUCGUUCAUUGUACAAGAAGAAACUUCUCAAUCACGAGAACGCGCUUGAUAACGGUGACGAUGGAGAAGAAGAUCUCACUUCCCAUACAACCCAAAUACAAAUCAAUGAAGUAUUCAAUAAUCUUUCAUGUUCGCUACGAAUUUAUGCAUAUUCGAAAGAGAAAAAGAAAGAGGAACGAGCGAAAGAGGACAAAUAUUUCUUCGAUAUUUGA